GUGGUUCACUUCCGGGUUAGGAUCAUGGCGAAGGUGGUGAAGGAGCAGAAAUAUGACAGGCAGCUCAGGUUAUGGGGCGACCAUGGACAGGAAGCUCUGGAGUCGGCUCAUGUGUGUCUUAUAAAUGCCACAGCAACUGGCACUGAGAUCCUUAAAAAUUUAGUAUUGCCCGGCAUCGGUUUCUUCACCAUCGUGGAUAGUAAUGUGGUGAGAGGAGAGGAUGUAGGUAACAAUUUUUUCCUGACCAGAAGUAGUAUUGGGAAGAGUCGAGCUCAGACCGCCAUGGAGCUGUUGCAGGAGUUAAAUGAAGACGUCACGGGGAAUUACGUGGCUCAGCAUCCGGAUCAACUUCUAGAGAGUGACCCAGCAUUCUUCAACAAAUUUACUUUAGUGAUUGCCACUCAGUUAUCAGAGAGCACUUUGCUGUGUUUGGGUGAGACGCUGUGGAACGCUAAUAUUCCGCUUUUGGUUUGCCGAGCAUAUGGCUUUGUGGGCUAUAUGAGAAUAAUUGUCAAAGAACAUACUGUUAUAGAAUCCCAUCCUGAUAAUGCCCUUGAGGAUCUGAGGUUGGAUCAGCCUUUUUGUGAGCUCCGGGAACAUCUGCAGCUGUAUGACCUGGAUCACAUGGACAGAAAGGAUCACUCUCACACUCCAUGGAUUGUGAUCAUCGCCAAGUAUUUGGAGAAAUGGCGCAAAGAGAAUGCAGGCCAGAUCCCCAAAACGUAUAAAGAUAAGGAAGCUUUCCGGGAUUUGAUCAGGCAAGGCGUCCUAAAGAAAGAGAAUGGAGUACCAGAAGAUGAGGAGAAUUUUGAGGAAGCAGUAAAGAAUGUCAACACAGCAUUAAACAUCACAAAAUGUCCCAGCAAUAUUGAAGAGAUCUUUACCGAUGAGCGCUGCACAAAUAUUACACAACAGACUCCCAACUUUUGGAUUUUAGCCCGAACCAUUAAGGAAUUCACAGCCGCUGAAGGCAACGGGAGCUUACCACUGCGAGGCACAAUUCCAGACAUGAUCGCCGACUCUGACAGGUUCAUAAAGCUACAGAAUGUGUACCGGGAAAAAGCCAAAAAAGAUGCGGCAUCUGUUGAACACUAUGUCUCUAAACUACUACAAUCAGUCGGCAGGCCUCCAGAAAGCAUAGCGGAAAAAGACAUUCGUCUGUUCUGUAAAAACUGUGCUUUCCUUCGAGUUGUGCGGGGCAGAUCUCUGUGUGAAGAGUACGGUUUGGAAACUGCUAAAAAAGAUGACAUUGUAUCAUUGAUGGAGAAUCCAGACAAUGAAAUCGUCUUCUAUUUAAUGCUGAGAGCUGUGGACAGGUUUCACAAGCAGCAUGGAAGAUAUCCAGGGGUCUAUAAUUACCAAGUCGAAGGAGAUUUUGGGAAGCUGAAGACCUGUCUGAACAGUUUCCUGCAGGAAUACGGCUUAUCUCUUUGUGUGAAGGAUGAAUAUAUCCAGGAAUUCUGUCGAUACGGAGCUUCCGAACCUCACACCAUAGCUUCCUUCUUGGGAGGAACUGCUGCACAGGAGGCUAUAAAGAUCAUCACAAAACAGUUUGUCAUAUUUAACAACACAUUCAUUUACAAUGCCAUGUCACAGACCUCUGCAACGUUCCAGCUUUAGACUCGCCGCACAGAAUUAUCUUCUUCUCCGUUACUCUCUGGACAUCAAU